GUCAAAUUCGGCAUGUAAAUAUAACCUAGCUUUAUGAUCUAUAGACAAUUAUUUUAUAUUCACAGAAACAUUUUUAAAAACUGGCCCAAGAUGAGUACAUUUGCACAAAAAUUAAAUCCGAUUACAGGAACUAUUGACUGGGUGGUUCAGGAUGCCAAUUAUGACUAUCACCAAGAAAUUGCUAGAGCAGCCUUUGCAGAUAUGUUACAUGAUACUGAAAGAAACCAAAAGUAUGAACAAGCCUUGAAAAUAGCAAUUGAUAAAGUACAUUCGAAUGGUAAAAAAGCUAAUGUUCUAGAUAUUGGAACAGGUACAGGUCUGCUAAGUAUGAUGGCAGUUAGAAAUGGAGCUGAUUCAGUAACAGCUUGUGAAGCGUUCAAACCCAUGGGCGAAUGUGCAAAACAAGUUAUUACCCAAAAUGGUUAUGCUGACAGAAUAAAAGUUAUCCCCAAAAUAUCUUUUGAUGUAACUGUAGGUGAAAAAGAAGACAUGGAAAAAAGGUGCAAUAUCUUAGUAACUGAAGUAUUUGAUACUGAACUGAUAGGUGAAGGAGCUCUGAGUAUAUUUCUACAUGCAGUUGAGAAUUUGUGUGAGCCUGACUCUAUUAUUAUACCCCAGUCAGCUAAUUUAUAUGUUCAGGUAGUGGAGUCACCUGUAGCUCAAAAUUGGAAUAGGAUUAAGGAUGUAUUUAAUGAUGAAGGAAAACUUCUUGUUAAAGUACCAGAAGCCAUAAAAAAAUGUGCAGGUUCCUCAGCAGUACAUGACAUUCAGCUAAGCCAAUUUCCUCGGACUUCAUUCAACACCAUAAUAUCUCCCACUCCUAUCUGCACGUUUAACUGGUCAUCUUCACUACCUUUUAAGAGACUUCACUCUGUUGAAACUAGAAUAGAACGAGAUGGAAAAGCCCAAGUGGUUUUUAUGUGGUGGGAUCUCCAAAUGGACUGUGAGGAGAGGAUUUUAUUAAGUUGUGCACCUGUCUGGGCACAUCCUGAGGGUAAGAUGAAGUCUGUCGAGGAGAUACCUUGGAGAGAUCAUUGGAUGCAAGGUGUAUAUUACUUGCCACAAGAAAUAGACGUGAAGAAAGACGAAAAGUAUAUAGUGCACUGUGGUGUUGAUGAAUAUUCUUUGUGUUUUAAAAUGGAAAGUGUUAAGAGUAGUGUUAUUACAAGUACGCUAGAGCCUCCUGUUUGUAAUUGUGGAUUACAUAUUAGCUUUUCAAGAACUCGAAUAGGACAAAUGAAUGAUUCUAGGAGGAUAAAAAAAUAUUUAGCACUUUUUGAAGAACAUUUAGACAAGGAUAGUUCCGUUCUAGUUUUAGGAGAUAGUUUUUACUCUGCCCUGGCUGCUGCUAAGUUAGGAGUGAAAAAAAUGUACUUUUUAGAGUCAAAUAAAAUAUCCAGAGGUAUAUUAUUAGAUUAUAUCAAUGCAAAUGACAUUGAAAAUGUAAAAAUAAUAGAAUCAUUAGACGAAUUGAAAACAACAGAUUUAAGUUAUGUAAAUGUAGUACUAGCAGAACCGUAUUUCACUAGCAGCAUUCUACCAUGGGAUAAUCUAAGAGUUUUGUAUUUAUUUAGGCAGAUAAGAGAUCAGUUAUCCCGUGACGUUCUUAUAUUUCCAAAAACGGCGGUGAUCAAAGCAGUUCCAGUACAUUUUAAGGACUUGUAUAAGAUUCGAAGUCCUUUGGAUACUUGUGAAGGAUUUACAAUGGAUGCAUUUGAUAAAUUAAUUGAGUUUAAUAUGUUUAAUGUUUUAGGAAAACUUCUUGUUAAAGUACCAGAAGCCAUAAAAAAAUGUGCAGGUUUCUCAGCAGUACAUGACAUUCAGCUAAGUCAAUUUCCUCGGACUUCAUUCAACACCAUAAUAUCUCCCACUCCUAUCUGCACGUUUAACUGGUCAUCUUCACUACCUUUUAAGAGACUUCACUCUGUUGAAAGUAGAAUAGAACGAGAUGGAAAAGCCCAAGUGGUUUUUAUGUGGUGGGAUCUCCAAAUGGACUGUGAGGAGAGGAUUUUAUUAAGUUGCGCACCUGUCUGGGCACAUCCUGAGGGUAAGAUGAAGUCUGUCGAGGAGAUACCUUGGAGAGAUCAUUGGAUGCAAGGUGUAUAUUACUUGCCACAAGAAAUAGACGUGAAGAAAGACGAAAACUAUAUAGUGCACUGUGGUGUUGAUGAAUAUUCUUUGUGUUUUAAAAUGGAAAGUGUUAAGAGUAGUGUUAUUACAAGUACGCUAGAGCCUCCUGUUUGUAAUUGUGGAUUACAUAUUAGCUUUUCAAGAACUCGAAUAGGACAAAUGAAUGAUUCUAGGAGGAUAAAAAAAUAUUUAGCACUUUUUGAAGAACAUUUAGACAAGGAUAGUUCCGUUCUAGUUUUAGGAGAUAGUUUUUACUCUGCCCUGGCUGCUGCUAAGUUAGGAGUGAAAAAAAUGUACUUUUUAGAGUCAAAUAAAAUAUCCAGAGGUAUAUUAUUAGAUUAUAUCAAUGCAAAUGACAUUGAAAAUGUAAAAAUAAUAGAAUCAUUAGACGAAUUGAAAACAACAGAUUUAAGUUAUGUAAAUGUAGUACUAGCAGAACCGUAUUUCACUAGCAGCAUUCUACCAUGGGAUAAUCUAAGAGUUUUGUAUUUAUUUAGGCAGAUAAGAGAUCAGUUAUCCCGUGACGUUCUUAUAUUUCCAAAAAGGGCGGUGAUCAAAGCAGUUCCAGUACAUUUUAAGGACUUGUAUAAGAUUCGAAGUCCUUUGGAUACUUGUGAAGGAUUUAAAAUGGAUGCAUUUGAUAAAUUAAUUGAGCGGUCAAGUAAGGUAGAUGAUAUUGUGGAAGCUCAACCUCUUUGGGAGUAUCCUGGGGUAGCGCUAAGUGAAGUACAAGAACUUUUAUUAAUUAGUCUCAUUGACACCACCGAAAAAGCUGAAUGCAAUGGAUCAUUUAAUAUCAAAAGUGACCUGGUGUGUAACGGUAUCGCACUGUGGAUUGACUGGUACCUCACUGACUCGACGAAGAGUACCAUCACGACAGGACCAAUUUCUCCUGUGAUCAUCGGAGAAAAAAUCGAUUGGGAUAUGCAUACUCGACAGGGCGUUACCUUAUUCCCGGGAAAACUUGUAACUCAAAUAGAUUAUUCCUUCAGUAUAAACUUUAAAGAAGGAAAUAUUAUCUUUAAGUGCAAUUAAAACAAACGAAAACGUAUUUCAUAUAAUAAUAUGUUAAAAUUAAUGACCA